AUGGAUGAUGAGGUUAACAAGCAGAUUUCAGCUGAGCAGAUUUUGAAAGAAGUUUAUGAGAGAAGGAAGGUCGUCAAACCAUCUACAAAAGUUGAUAUACUAGAUCUUGAAGAACUUCAUGAAUACCAGCGGAGGAAAAGGAGCGAAUAUGAGACCUAUUUGAAGCGCAAUCGACUGGAUAUGGGCCAAUGGAUACGAUACGCCAAGUUCGAGGUGGAGCAGCAUGACAUGAGGCGAGCCAGAUCUAUCUUCGAGAGAGCGUUAUUAGUGGACAAUGGCUAUAUACCGCUAUGGAUUAGAUACAUUGAUACAGAGUUGAAGAGCAAAUUCAUUAAUCAUGCUAGAAACCUUUUGGAUAGAGCUAUCAACACGCUUCCGCGUGUGGACAAGCUUUGGUACAAAUACUUACUGAUGGAAGAAUCACUGGGCAACAUCAGCAUUGUAAGGUCGUUGUUCACCAAAUGGACAUCUCUCGAGCCGCACCCUAAUGCUUGGGACUCGUUUGUAGCGUUUGAAGUUAGACAAGAGAACUUUGAGAAUGCUCGAGACGUAUAUUCAAGAUACGUUCUAGUACAUCCAAUGGUAUCGACGUGGCGAAAAUGGGUUCAGUUUGAAACGACGUACGGUGAUGUGGACACAGUCAGGAAAGUGUAUUCUCUGGCUGUUGAUACGUUGGCGUCAUUUCCAGAUAAAGAAAGAGAAGAUGAUCUAAUUAGUCUGAUUAUAUCAUUUGCAACUUGGGAAUCUGCACAACAGGAGUAUGAACGAUGUAGGGCACUAUAUGAUAUAGCAAUCGAGAAAUGGCCCCAAAGAGACGAGCUAAGGAACAGUUUGGUACAUUUUGAGAAGAAGUUUGGCAAUAUCAUCUCGGCAGAAGAAAGCGUGAUUCAUAAGAGGAAAAGAAGUUAUGAAGAGCGUCUACGAGAGAGCCCGCGAGAUUAUGAUACUUGGUGGCUAUAUCUAGAUCUUGUCCAAGCUUACUUCCAACCUCAAGUUCUGGAGACACUAAAAAAGUCGGUCUCCAGUAAUGAACCAACAGCUUCGGUUAAAAACAUUGCGUGGAAACAGUACAUUUACCUAUGGAUCAGGCUGUUGACAUUUGUUGAACUUGAAAUGAGUAACAUAGAGUGUUGUAGGGGCUUGUACAAAAGGCUCGUCGACCAUUUGAUCCCACACAAACAAUUCACUUUUUCCAAAGUAUGGCUCAUGUAUGCAAACUUUGAGAUUCGACAGGGGAAUAUUGAUACCGCUAGAAAGAUACUUGGAAGAUCCCUAGGCACAUGUCCCAAGGUUAAAACUUUCAGAGGCUAUAUCGAGUUAGAAAUAAAGUUGAAGCAAUUUGACAGGGUUCGGAAAAUAUAUGAGAAGUUUUUGGAGUUUAAUCCAUUGAAGGUCGACACUUGGGUUAAUUAUGCCGAACUGGAGGAGAAUCUUGGAGACGAAGACAGAUGCAGGGCAAUUUAUGACUUGGCGAUCAGCAAUGCUGAUGCGAUAGGUUUUUCAAAAGACUCCAUGAUAUUUUUAAUGCAAAGAUCAAUUGAGUUCGAAACGGAUGAAGAGGAAUUCGGAAGAGCAAGACAGCUGUUCGAUAAAUAUAUACAGAUGAACGAGAACUUGCCGCAAUUGUGGAUUACGUAUGCUCUUUACGAAAGUUCCAACCCAUCCGAAGGGCAAUUAAACUCUCUUCGAGAGAACCUAAUAGACGAUGAUGACGAGCUUAACUUUGAAGCUACGGAUGAGAACAUAGUCCGCGCAAGAGAGGUGUUUGAGAGGGCGUUGAAGCAUUUCAAGCGAACCGACCAUAAGGAAAAUAGGGCAGUGAUUUAUGAAGCGUACAAGAGCUUCGAGGACAAUCAUGGAAGCGAUGAAGACCGACAGGCAAUCGGAAAGAGGAUGCCGCGGUUAAUCAGAGAGCAAGGGCCAAAUGCUAUCGAACAGGAAAGCUACGAGUUCCCAGAUGACGAGCAUGAUAAUAGCAAGGAACCAAAUGUUUCCAAGUUCUUAGCGUUGGCCAAGAAAUGGAACGAAAGUCAACAGGCAUGA